CACAACUUCAACAUCAGCGAAAUUCGUAGAACUCAAAGAAGAUUCAGGGAAGUCGUAGGUCCAAUCCGAACCGACUAACGUCGUCAUCUAUGUCUUUCGAUUAGUUUCCUUCUAAUCUUCGGCUCCAUCGAGGCGAUGACUAAGCGAUCAGGAACCAGAUACUUCGCAGAGACCCAACAAAUAAAAGUUGCUCAAGGCGUGUCUGGAGCUGUUAUCGAUAAGGGCAGCAUCCAAGAUUUGAUUCCAUUCACGCUGCUCGGUGUCAAAUCAGGGUUACUCAAACUGGGCGUACCAAACCUGCCAUUACUCAGAUUAUGGACAUCUUCUUGACAUUUAGAUGAUCACAACACGAUAGAGGUAGUGGCCUCAUUCUCAUAUUGAUAGAGAUAUGACAAGGACAUUAUUUAGAUGAUGUGGUCCUCCAUAGACAAUUGCACCGAGACGUGGACUCAGCAAGAACGCCAGUAGAUACUAUUACACUCAUACAUAAUAGUUGUUGUUGUACAGUGACGAUAAUAUUUUUACAAAUGUUUUUGUAAAGGUGUUGAGGCAGCCUCUUCUAACACAGGAGAAUCUUUACAACGGGACGACGCGGUUUGAGCUACGAACAGCUAGUGCCAUCAAGGAGAGUGGCACACACAAUAUCCCGUUUUUGGGUGUGACGCAACCCGACUACUCGGGUGGAGGCACUGGCGGAUCCGCGAGGGGCGCAAGAGGUCCUGGGAAAGUCCGAUAGAUGCAGAUGCAGCUUCUAUGUAGUACGUGGACUGCGAGAAGGAGAACCUACUUACACUGCCACUCAGAUCGUGGACUACGAGAGCUUGCACUACAUAGUAGUAGAAGUAGUACACUUUAAGUGAUUUUCAUAUUAAUAAUAGAACGGAAGCCGAAGCUGCUAUAAUUAGUUAGUUCUUGUUGAUUGCAUUUGGGUUGACCACUAAGAAAAUGAUCGAGCAACAACUCAUGUUAGUGAUCCACUUUUCUGCCGAGUAAUGCCCACGGUAUUGCUUCUGUAAGGAAAUAGACAUAGUACUCAGAAGCUCUUAGAGCCGUUUGUGGUCAUGUAGCUCACCUUUUUUUUAUACGUCCACGGCGUGGCUGGUGACACUUCCUAGGGCAUAAGAACGAGAGGACAUUCUCCUGUGUACUGAUCGUAUCCACCACCUCGAAGAUAAGGGUAAAUUUUUUUGGCUACCUUGAUGGAGCACUCAGAGAUAGAUCAAAUUUGAAGCUCAAGAUUUAUAGCGUAGGUGACUAGUAAGAAGAUCGGCGUUGAAUGAAUAGUACUGUGUUCCUGAAAGAAUGUGUCAAGUCAGAAAAAGGCUCACUCGGUCACUGAGGCUUACCCGAU